GUGCGCGCACUUAACCUUGUUUUCUUUUAACCUUGACGACGACGGAGGAAAGAUUGAGGGUAGGUAGGUUAUAGGGAACAUCCGUUUGCUGCUGGUUCUAUCAUGCGGUCUCUCGCCACCUCUGCACGUAUCGUAAACAUGGUUCUUACCAAGUACAAGUGGGCGGAAAUCUUGUGUCCGGACCCGCGGCCCUUGCCUCGCAGCAGCCACUCUCUAAACGUAGUGAACGGCGUUGGUUACGUCACGGGAGGCGAACACGAGCCACGUGUACCAAUCGGAAGCGCGGUGUGGACCAUUGACGUCACAUCUGGAAAAUGGCGCGAGCUGGAAACCAAAGGUGCAGACGUUCCACCACGAAACGCACACGCGGCAUCCGUCGUGGGUUCUUGCAUUUACUUAUUCGGCGGCAGACAAGGGAUCGCAAUGGGGGAGGGCUCGCUAGCGACAUGUACAAACUGGACACGACUACAGGCCACCUGGAGCGAAGUCGCCAUGGCUGGGCAGGUCCCUGAGGCCCGCAGCUACCACUGCAUGACCUCCAUCGGCACCACCCUCUACGUCUUCGGAGGCUGCACUCUCAGCGGACGGCUCAACGACCUCCACAGCUUCGACACCGACGCCGGGGUCUGGAAGCUGCCGACCUCUGACCUCAUCCGGGGACGCGGCGGGGCGGGGCUGGUGGCGGUCGGGAGGAAGCUGUACGUCGUGGGGGGUUUCGUGGGGCACGAGGUGGGUGACGUGCACGAGUUCGACACCGAGACCUCGCAGUGGCGCCAGGUGGAAGGCAGCCCCGCCCUACCCCCACGCAGCGUCUUUGGAGUUGCCUCCCUUGGCAGCCUCAUCUUCGUCGUUGGCGGCGAGGUCGACCCUUCCUCGCAAGGUCACGCCGGGGCGGGGAAAUACAGCAAUGAAGUGUUUGUCCUUGACACCAAGCACGAGGAGACUGGGUGGCAGAAGGUAGUGCCUGAAGGAGGCCCCCCUCCAGCUCGGGGAUGGUUUCCGGCCUCCUCUAUGGAGCAGACGGCGUGCUCCUGUUUGGGGGCAACGGUGAAGACAACACGCGACUGAACGACACUCACCUCCUGCAGGUGACUCAGUAAAGACAAUCGAGCCACUGCGCAGCUAACUGCUGUUUACUGAAGAAAGAUUUUACACAGAACUCUCUAUUAGAGCGAGGUAAACAUGCAGCCUUGACCAUGUCAAGGACGGAAUAAGAAAAUCCUUGGCUAUUGUUGAUUUGACAGUGUCAAUCAAGAGGGGGAAAAUGAUUAUAAAUUUGGAAAUAUGUUAAGCCUCUUGAAAGAUUAUUUCCCAAAUCUUAUCUCUCGUGUAAUACUUAUUGGACAACAAUGUUGAGGACUAGUGUUGGGUGGACAAGGGAGGCUGCACAUAUAGAGGUACACUUGUGAUUCAAAAGGUCGCUCGCACACAUGCUUGUAAACAUCUACAUACGUCCAAACACAUACACUUCAUGAUUAUGUAUGGAAAAACAUAGUUCUGAAUCGUUUUUGUGUUUGUGUGUGUUUGCUUGCGUGUUGGUAUCAAGUUUUUCGGUGAGUAUGCACGUCGUGCACUUCAAAUAAAUAAAUGCAACAACACUGGGUCAGUUUUGCAAGUAACCCAUAAACACUCGUGUGCAUGUGUGUUGAAGGUGUUUUGCUGAAAAAGAAAUCAAGGCUUAACUGGAUACAAACAAAACGUGACUACACGCUACAACGGGGCUAUUCACACACAACGUGAUCACACGUGAGGUCACAUAAACAAAACGUGAUCACACAUAAGGUCACAUAAAAUGUGAUCUCACACACACACGUUAAAAUGAGCUGAACUGAGGGAAAUUUGUGUUGAUUUUGUUUAAUAAUAUCACCAGCGUCGUUUGUGAAGCAAAAUAUUUAAAAUUUACAAAUUUUUCGUAUGUUAGCCAGUUCACUAGAACAAAACCACUUGCAGCUUUGGCGCUUUGCAAAACAAACUACCUAAUCAGAAAAUGCUGGAGUGGGUUCAAGGAGACAAAAGCAUUAAAAGACCAUAAUGUACAGAGUUAUUCUUUCUGUUUUUUUUGAUUGCAUGCGUGAAAAGUAAUGUUGUCGACAUUCUUUAGAUGUCUGCCUGCAUAUAUUUAAUCACUACUAUAUAUCUGUCAUCUAUACAAAACGUAUCACUCGACAGGUGAUUAUAACCGGUAAAAACAUUUCUAAAGCAAAGCAUCACUCUUUACUGUCCACAGAGCACUCGGGUGGUUUGUUUAUAGUUCCAGAGCUGUAUAUAAAGUUUCGUGUUUUAUUAAAGAUUAUAAAAUAAUGACAAAUUUCUUUCUGUCUUUCAAAAAUAAUACAAAACACAAUAUUGCCAUUUCAGUAAUACUGUUGCGGAUCUGUACAUAGAUAUAAGGAGCGGAAUUGACUAUUCGCUCUUUCUCAACAUCUUUGUUUCGAAGUCUCGCACGCAAAGCGUAAAAAACCCACAAAGCAAUGAAGCUAUCAUAAAAACGAGGGGCUGAACAUAAAUAACGAUGUCACCUAACGGAAAACAAAAAAAUAACGGUAACUAUCUGUUGAAAGCCCCAGCAAAAAGAAA